AUGACCAAAGCUACUUCCGCAGCUUCAACGUCGGCAGCCCUCUACUCCCUAGCCGUUGUGCUCUCCCCAGCCUCUGAGGGACCUGAGGAUGUUAAGGAGAAAGCUCACCAUCUCAAAAAUGGCUUUCAAAACCCCUGGGACUCAUGGCAAUCUCCGACAGUUGGUAACGCUCUUCGCAUGUGGGGGGGAAUCAUAACGGGGAAAAUCAAGUUCCCGGAUGUCACGCCUCCUACAGUGCCUGUUCAGCAGCCCAAGUUUCUGCCUGAUCGGGAAACAUCUGGUCUGCGGGCGACAUGGCUUGGCCAUGCUUGUUACUACGUCGAAUUUCCCAAUGGCCUACGAGUUCUGUUCGACCCGGUAUUCGAAGACCGUUGCUCUCCGGUCUCCUUCAUGGGCCCAAAGCGCUUCACUGAGAUGCCAUGCCGCAUCGAGGACAUCCCAAUUAUCGAUGCGGUUGUAAUCUCCCACAACCAUUACGAUCAUCUCUCUCAUCCAACCGUCAUGGAAAUCUCGCGACGCCAUCCCAAUUGUCACUUCUUUGCACCCCUUGGCAAUAAGGCGUGGUUCAGCAGCAUUGGGAUAGACAAAAUGACUGAGCUCGAUUGGUGGGACGAGCGAGACAUUGUUCUUUCACCCUCGCAUGAAUCAGUCACCGAGGCCGGUGCCGGUGAGGGCCAGAGUUCAAACCAGUCUAACAUCACAGCUCGCAUCAGCUGCUUGCCUUCGCAGCAUACAAGCAAUCGAGGUGUGUUUGAUCGAUCAAAGACCCUGUGGGCAUCGUGGGGCAUUGAAGCUGGAGGUCGGAAGCUGUGGUUUGCAGGAGACACAGGAUAUCGGAAUGUGCCAAUGCUUCCUGCCGGUACCGAUGAUCAUGCUCCGGAGUACGAUUUCCCCUCAUGUCCUGCGUUUAAACAAAUUGGUCAAUUCCGGGGGCCUUUUGACCUCGGAUUGAUCCCGAUUGGCGCCUACUCACCCAGAUGGUUCAUGAGCCCUAUGCAUGCAGACCCUGAUGAUGCAGUUCAAAUUUUCCGGGAUACCAAAUGCAAAAGAGCCAUGGCUAUUCAUUGGGGAACUUGGGUCUUGACAGACGAAGAUGUCCUUGAGCCACCAAAGAAAUUGAAGGAGGCGCUCACCAAGUAUGGCUAUCCAGAGGUCGGGGCAUUUGACGUUUGUGACAUCGGCGAAAGUCGGGAAUUCUAA